AUGUGUCAGGGCGAGAGAGAGAUCACCGUCCUGCCGAGGAGGAAGGCAGACGAGCUGGACGCCGCCGAGAUGACGUCGUCCUCGUGCUGUUCGUGUUUCAUCAGUUUGAAGGACCGAUGUCCUCGACCGCGGGGACUCCUCAACCUCCUCGUCACCAAAGUGUGUCUGUUCGCCCUGCUGUUCGGAGUCGUCUGGUCCAUCACAGGAAGUGAAUGUCUGCCGGGAGGGAAUCUCUUCGGCAUCGUCAUCCUCUUCAUCUGCUCUGUGCUCGGAGGGAAGCUGGUGGGAAUGAUCCAACUGCCCACGCUGCCCCCCUUCCCCCCACUACUUGGCAUGCUGUUGGCAGGUCUGGUGCUGCGUAACGUUCCUUAUAUAACCGAGGCCGUCUACAUCGACACUCACUGGUCUGCAGCUCUGAGGAACAUCGCCCUGUCAAUCAUCCUGACCAGAGCCGGGCUGGGCCUCGACCCCUCGGCGUUGAGCCGUCUGAAGGCAGUGUGUGUGCGCGUGGCCGUCUCUCCCUGCGUGGUGGAGGCCUGCACCAUCGCCGUGGUUUCUCACUUCCUGUUGGGGCUGCCGUGGGUUUGGGGCUUCAUACUGGGUUUUGUCCUGGCUGCAGUGUCUCCGGCGGUGGUCGUGCCGUCCAUGCUGCUCCUGCAGAGGGAAGGAUACGGAGUGGAGAAGGGGAUCCCCACCCUGCUGAUGGCUGCCGGGAGCUUCGAUGAUAUUUUGGCCAUCACAGGUUUCUCCACCUGUUUGGGAAUCGCCUUCUCUACAGGUGCGAUGUGGAUGAACAUACUGAAGGGUCUGUUGGAGGUGGUGGGGGGGGUCGUAGCCGGACUGAUCCUGGGUGUGUUUUUAUGCUGCUUCCCCAGCAAAGACCAGGAGGACCUGGUGUUGAGGAGGACCCUCAUGUUGUUGGGUCUGUCCAUGUUUUCGGUCUUCUUCAGUCAUGUUAUAGGUUUUGCUGGAGCCGGCGGUCUCAGUACUCUGGUUCUGGCCUUCCUGGCUGCUCUGGGCUGGAAGGCCGACAAGGCGCCGGUGGCCGCCAUGGUGGGUCGCUCUUGGGAUGUUUUCCAGCCUCUCCUCUUUGGUCUGAUUGGAGCAGAGAUCACCAUCAAAUCCCUGAGCCCCAGCACUGUGGGUCUUGGUCUCGCCUGUAUCAGUAUCGGUCUGGUGAUCCGCCUGCUCGUCACCUACCUGGUGGUUCAUUUUGCAGGAUUCAACCUGAAGGAGAAACUGUUCAUCUCUGUGGCCUGGCUGCCUAAAGCCACCGUACAGGCUGCUAUCGGCUCCAAGGCGUUGGACAUGGCGAGGGAACAGGGGGAUGAGACAUUAAUAAAGUUUGGUUCGGACGUGUUAACGUUAGCCGUGUUAGCUAUCCUGACCACAGCUCCCAUCGGAGCGCUGGGCAUCGGCCUGGCAGGACCACGCCUCCUGGCUCGACAGGUCAAAGCAGAUGAGACAGAAGGCGGAGCGACAUCUCAGAGCAGCAACAGGGCUGAGAAAGAUCCGGAAAAAGAUAGCGUGACCCUUGAGAGCAAGCUAUGAGGCAGAGGAAAGUUAAAUAUUAUACACUUUAUGUACACACCUUAUGUCGAUGAUACUCUUUGUAGCUGCAGAUAUGUUUUUGUUGUAUAUUUAUUGUGUUUCUUAUGCUGUAUUGUGCUUUUACUAACU